AUGAAGGCUUGGCAAAAAGCUAUGGAACCAGGCCAGUGCAGAGUGACCAGGAAAAUAGUACGGGUUCUCUCAGAAGGGGAUUGUGCAGCUGCGCCCGUCAGUACUCCCCGAUCUACUGACGAGCGCUUCCUUUUAAUGGGCAGACAGCAAUCAGAUGGCCAGAUCACCCACAGUACAUACAUAGACGAUGUAGAACACGGCACUGACGCUCAGCGGGAGAAAUCUGUAUUCCAGUCACCUGCAUCUCAGAGCACAGACCCUCCAGAAAACGUGCUGUCAGAGCGGGUUCGUUCCACUCUCUUGUCGCAGAGAGAUUACGAAACUCGAUGGAAGGGAGAAAGACUGACAGCAUUCAGCCUCCGCCUCCCAGACCGCAGUCUUCCCAUCAACAGCGAAAUCACAAAAGCAAUUCUGGUGCAGUUAGCCGCAUAUGUGGAGGGCUGGAGAGAGAAGAUGACUUCACACUGGGUCAAAAGGGCUUUACAUUCAGUUGGCUCACCCGAAUAUCGUGGUGGAUUGUUGACUCUUGUCAUGACUACCUCAGAGGAAUACAUGAGAGCCUUUUCGAUAAAGGGACUGAAUCAAGUCAGACCCUCAAGCUUAGCCCCUCUGGCAGUUGAAACCCCAGAGCGAGGACUGCUGGUUUUUGAUAAGAAAAUCCAAUCGGUGCUGGAAAGGAAAAAUUUAGAAUAUGGAGAGAGUCUGAAAAAUCAGAACUGCAAAUUCAAAAUUCUUUGCUAUUGGAGAUCUAGGUUACGAGGUGCAAUACAAACUGACCAAAAGACGAGAAGAAGAAGAAGCACCAUGAAACCCUUGUCCACAUUCAGUUUGAUUCUGAGGGAUGUGUGGUCUGACUUGUUUUUACGUGACAUGUUCUGUGAGUUUUUGGGAACCCUUUUUUUCCUCUUCAUCAGCCUCUCUUCUGUCGUGCUGUGGCCGCAUGCAGGGCGUCUGUCCUGGGACUCCAUUACAGACGAACCCCUUCCGACGCUGGACUUUUCUCCGGCAUGCUCAACUGACCCACUGCAUGUUUCUUUGGCCUUUGGAGUUUCACUAGCCCUGUCCUGUGUCUGCCUCGGUGAGGUUCACCUCAACCCAGUGGUUACUCUGGCAUUGGUCGCAGGCUUAAGGGUGAGUCCCUGGCGAGCUGUCCUGAUGGUGGGAGCCCAGCUGCUUGGUGCCCUCAGCGCCUGUGCUCUGCUAUUAGGCAUUACACCAACUGCCCUAAGGAGCAAUCUGGGGAUUAAUGAGGUGGCCCCGGGGGUAUAUCUGUAUCAGGCUCUGUUAGUGGAGAUGGCUGUUACGUUCCAGCUAGUGCUAUGUGUCCAGGCUGCCACUCAUCCCAAAUCAGCGUUUUCCUCUGUGGCCCCUGCAGUCAUUGGCCUGUCGGUCACCCUUGGUCAUCUCAUGGCGAUUGGCUUCACAGGCUGUGGAAUGAAUCCUGCCAGGUCAUUUGGUCCAGCUGUGCUGACUAUGAACUUCCACAAUCACUGGGUGUAUUGGGUGGGACCUUGUGCUGGCUCUCUCCUUGCCUGGGUCCUGCAUGAUCUGGUGAUCUAUCCUCGUUGGAACUGCCUUGGCGACUGGGUGACAGAAUGUAAGGAGGUGCUCCUGAAAGAUCUUUCAAAAAAGCAGCCCAGAGGUCCUGAAAACAAUAUGGAAGCAUAGUCAUUCAAAUAAACCUUGUAUCUCCAUGCAAAAUUGUUUAAGGCAUCACUGACUGAAUAUUUUUUAGAAGUCUUUGCUAAAUAAAGCAAAUUAGCACAUCCUUAGACCAUCCAUUACUGACAGAGAUUGGUGGAUUGCAGGUGUGUAAUUCUGAGCUCAGAUCCCUAUGAAACUAUUUUAGCUUUCAGCUAAAAUAAGCUUAAUUUUGUAUUAGUUUAGCUUCUACUGUGUGCUUUAUGGAAACAUAAUCCCCUUGCAUUUGACUGUUUCCUAUCUCAAUAUGUCUGCCUCUUAGGUUUAUUAUCUUUGUGUAGUUUUGUCAUUUGAAUUAAUUCAGUGCGGUACAGAAUGUAGUCAAUGUCAGAAAAUGAGAUGAAAAUCACUCUGGGCUUGUAACUAUUUAGUAUCUGUCAUUUUGUUGUUAUUAGGCUGAAGUCAACAGAUUAUAGUGGGUUUUGGGAUUCAACAGAAAUACAUAUGAAAUCAAACAAACAUUAAGAGAAUAUUUGGUAAUA